GGAGAGGUGAAUAUUAGGAAGCAAGCGCUGAUUCUUUUAUGAGUUUUGAACUUUGGGUUGGUGAAAGGUGAUGGAAGCAACUAUAGGUGAGGUUCGUUGCGAACCUAGACAUUUGGGUAUUUUUCAUUGUUCUGAGUCAUGAAGGACAUUGAGGCUUGUAGAUCUAGCUUAAAAAGAAGGUGGGGAAAUGGGAAUAGAAACACAGAAGCCAAGAUAUGCGUUUGAGGAAUGGCAUAAUUUCAUAAAUUUGAGUGGAUAUGAAAGGUUCUGCCGACGGCCAAAACCCUCUCUUCUCCGAUACUUCCUCUCUUCAAAAUCUCGUUCUUCUUUCUCUGUCGCUCUGAAUUGUGGAAUUUAUAGAUCUCGAAGAGAGAAUUUGGUAAACGAAAACUCUGCAAGAAAGUGGAGAUGGAUUAGCAAGAGAUAUGUAUUAGAUGCAUCCAUUAACAUUUUCAGAGGUGAGUUGAUGUGUUGGAAUUGCAAAUCAGAAGAAACAGUUCUAGACAGGGCAAUUGAUAACAUUUGGAACGCAGCCUAAAUGAGGUUGCUAUAUUAGAAGUUUCAAGUUCAAAUAUGAAGACAAGCAAAGAGGGGCAUGGUAUUAUAUAGCUAAAUACUAAAAUGUAAAAAAAAAGAUUAGUUUAAUAACUAAGUUGGUCUUAGUUAAUGAAACUUUGUACUCACACAAAUUCUUGUGUCUAUAGGGUUUCCAUAUUAGAAGUCUCAAGUUCCAAUAUGAAGACAAGCAAAGACGGAUAUACAGCUGUAUAGCUAAUACUAAAAUGUAAAAGAAAGGAUUAGUUUAAUA